AACUCCCAAUGUCCAAGGAGGAAGCACUCUGAAGCCAAAGCGCACGAGCCUCGCGCCGCAACAGCAGCAGCUGGUGCAGCCGAGCAAGCGACUUUGUUCCAGCGGGGAGAAAAGCACCCGAGAAAAAGUCUAAACACACCGGACCAAACGUACUGAUGCCGGGAUUCGGUUCCAGCGGCUCUUGCGUGAACUUGUCAGACUUCUCGUAGCCCGCAUUUUUUUUACUGAAAAAAUAGGGCUUUUUUUCUUUAAAGUUAACCCGUAACGGAGUUGUCUCAUUCAGGAUGUCGGACUGAGACAAAGGGGUCUGGGGGCAUUCCCGUCGGAGCGCAGGUACAAGUCGACUCUGGAAAUCUCCUCUGGAUGGGAAAAGAUGGAAAGGGAGUUGCAAUGGUGGAAAGGACAGCUGGCUGCAGACAUCCAUCAAUCCCUCCGCAUCAAGGAGUUGAAGUUACCAGUCUACCGAGCCCAUUCGCCACAGAUUGGCAUGCGCCGCUACUUUGCGGACCUGUUGGCCAUCCUGAGUAAUCGCUACCAGCUAUGUCCCACAGCACGCCACCUGGCCGUCUACCUGCUGGACUUGUUCAUGGAUCACUACGAUGUGGCUGUCAAGCAGCUCUAUGUCAUCGCCCUCUCCUGUCUGCUCUUAGCAAGUAAAUUCGAAGAGAAAGAGGACCGGGUCCCCAAACUGGAGCAACUGAACUCACUGGGCUUUAUGCGUAAUUUCAACCUGGUUCUCAACAAGAGAGAUCUGAUCAAAAUGGAGAUUCUUCUGCUGGAGACCUUUGGCUGGAAUCUGUGUAUGCCCACACCGGCCCACUUCAUCGACUACUACCUCAACGCCUCGGUACAGGAGGGCGACCUCUACAACGGCUGGCCUCUGUCGUCCCUCUCCAAGACCAAGGCUUUCAUGGACAAAUACACUCACUACUUUCUGGAAGUGUCACUCCAAGAUCACACUUUCCUAAGUUUCCGACCGUCCCAAGUUGCCGCCGCGUGUGUGGCGGCGUCGCGUAUUUGCCUACAGAUCUCCCCAAGCUGGACUACCGCCCUGCAUCUACUGACCGGCUACACCUGGGACCAUCUGACUCAGUGCAUUGAACUCAUGUUGAUUGCUCAUGACAACGACGUCAAAGAGGCCAACAAAACAAAAUCCACCCCUCCGCACCGAGCGUCCUCUCUGCAGUCUCAGACCCAGAUCUCUCACCUCUCCCCGGCGUCGGCCAUUCAAAGGCCAGCCUCUUCGUCCUCAACUUCCUCCACGCCACAGCUGCUCUUCCAGCCGGACUGCUUCCCACACCUUACCCAACAUUCCCCUUCCCUGUCCCAACUGCAAGUGUUAGCCGACUCCCAGGCUUUGGGGCCUGUUGUGAACGUGUCUCAGGAUUUUCUUCAGAGCCACCGGAUGGGUCUCCUAAGCGGGGCUUCUUGCAUGACAACCGGAGGUGGCUUCCCCUCCUACCCAAGUCUGACCUCCGGCCUUCAGCCGGGGGCUCGUGCGCUGCCGCUCCAGGGCCCCAUAUCCGUUCAAAUGGCCCUCACCGGAGAAGCGCGCCACUGUUUGAGCAUGGCCUACACGGGGGGCUACCUAGGCGCCCAUCACACAUUCGCAGCCGGCUGCUUCGACAGGUGACGCCAGGAGACGGAGAGAGAAAGGCCGCGGGAGCGCACCGCAGCGCUCCCAUCCCUGCUUCCUCUUGCGGAUCUGGCCUCUCUCUCCGUCGGCACGGCGACACCUUCAGCAUGUCCGGCCCCCCCGCCCCUCUCACAAAGACGCCUCAAACGCAAGCAGAGGUCCAAAGGAAAGAGAGACCCCGUGGAAGUCAUCACUCUGACAUGACUCUCGGAAGCGUUGCGGAAUGAUAACGGAUAUCACUGUGAACGACGACCACCUCAUUCAAGCGCCUCUUCUUCGUGGAAGUGCACAAAAACACAACAAAAACUGUGAAAAGGAUACGUUGCUGCUUUGUUAUAUUUUUUUAUACUAAUUCUACCAAAAUAACCACAUGCAAAAAAAAAAAAAAAACAUGGACGCCGUAUAUCGCACCACUGUGUGCCGUAAAUGUCAACAAACACUGAUUUAAACACGUGUCGUCUGCAUCGAGCCGGGGCGGCCCCUCUGGGAUUCCCUCACUGCAUUAAUCCUCGGAAAGGGGCGGAAGAAUUCCUUUUUUUUUUUUUUUUUUUUUUUUAGUGCACAGCAGGUGAAUUUGACAGCUUGGUCUUCCAAAGCCGAGCUCCGUAACACGCGAGGAGAACCGGGUUUUAGCGUGCUGUGACUGCACCGGCACGGGGAACGAGACACGGAAGUGGUCUCGUAGAAAUGAAAUGCUGCUGCCUUCUUAACGAACUGCUGGUUCUGCGUCUGUGGUGCUGAUGUUUACAUGAACCACUUAAGUAUCAGGGACUUGAACAAAAAAAUUACUUGAAUAUUACAUUGGAACAUGCCAUAGCUUUUUUUUUUUAUUUAUAAUUUCUUUUUUUUCUUUUAUUUGAUAUAGUGUUAUCUUUUUAUACCGACCUAAUAACGCCAUUGAAGAAUAGUUAUUGUACUGCUUUCACACAGGCUCAGGUUCAAGGCUUCAAACUAGCAGCCUUGCCUUUUUUUACUGUGCUAUUUUUGCUUUAAUCCUUCUGGUCCAAAAAGUGCCGUAUGUUCAUUGCCGGGUCGUGUUCCGUUGUGUCCGUCAGUGUUUUUCGAGACGUGUUGCAUCUGUAUAGCGGCCGCCGCACAAACAUCUGCAUCCAGUCGUGUGUAAUUACUUUCCACGUUCCUAAAGCUCCCAAUUUUCCACUUCCUGUUAAGGUUUAAACACAUCCAGAUUCCCUGUGCCAAUUUUAGGGCCUGCCUGCUGGUUACCAUGGUAAUACCUCAAAUGUGGCCCCCUCGCCGUAUGUCAUGUUUUUGCCUAAUUGUGUCUUUCUGUGUGAAAUGUUUAAGAUUUGGCAUGAUGGUGGCCGAGCGCAGACCUCACAGCUAAGAGACCAGGGUUCAAUUCCACCUUUGGCCAUCUCUGUGUGGAGUUUGCAUGUUCUCCCCGUGCAUGCGUGGGUUUUCUCCGGGUACUCCGGUUUCCUCCCACAUUCCAAAAACAUGCUAGGUUAAUUGGCGACUCCAAAUUGUCCAUCGGUAUGAAUGUGAGUGUGAAUGGUUGUUUGUCUAUAUGUGCCCUGUGAUUGGCUGGCCACCAGUCCAGGGUGUACCCAGCCUCUCGCCCGAAGACAGCUGGGAUAGGCUCCAGCACCAGAAAAUGAAUGAAUGAAUGAGUUCUCCUCCUAUUUUGUGUGGAAGUGGUAACUUUUUGGCUUUUUAUUUUGUCUUUCCCCACCCUCGGCCAUCUCUGUGUGGAGUUUGCAUGUUCUCCCCGUGCAUGCGUGGGUUUUCUCCGGGUACUCCGGUUUCCUCCCACAUUCCAAAAACAUGCUAGGUUAAUUAGCGACUCCAAAUUGUCCAUAGGUAUGAAUGUGAGUGUGAAUGGUUGUUGGUCUAUAUGUGCCCUGUGAUUGGCUGGCCACCAGUCCAGGGUGUACCCCGCCUCUCGCCCGAAGAUGGCUGGGAUAGGCUCCAGCACCCCUGGGACACUCGUGAGGAUAAGUGGUAGAAAAUGAAUGAAUGAGUUCUUCUCCUAUUUUGUGUGGAAGUGGUAACUUUUUGCUUCUUAUUUUGUCUUUCCCCACCCUCGGCCAUCUCUGUGUGGAGAUGUGGAGCGGUAGAAAAUGAAUGAAUGAAUGAAUGAUGGUGGCUAUUUCUCACUUGAAUCCCAACCCUAAUAUACACGACAUCACCAAAUCCAGUCUGACCCCCCCCCCUGUUUUCACUCACCUUUGUUGAUUUCAGUGAGCUUUUAAUUUGAGUUUUUCCUCCUUGGCUCAUGUCUCAACUUCUCACUGAGGGGUCAAAGGUGCAAUAUCUGUCUGUAUUUUUGACGCUUGUGUGAUUGGACUUGCAUUCCACGUCCUCUAGAGGGCAGCAGGCACUGUAUAAACACAAUGACUAUGUUGCAUAUUGCAGCCGCCGCCUAGCCUAGCCUCGGGAUGCUGCCGCAAGCAUUUCUCUUUAGCUUAGCCCGUUGCUGUGCAUUUGGGUGCACUCUGUGACUGCUGCUGACGUGACUCAACACCAAACGACACUGACACCACGUACUUUCAAUUUUACAUUUUUUUGUUUUCUAGCAACUACUAGCUUUGCUUUACGUCGCACUGAAUGGUAAAAGGAUGUAUAUUUUUAUCAUUGCCAUGGAAGAAUAAACACAUGUAAACUGAAGUCAGGGAUGUACUUUGUGGUAGUUGUUUGGAUCACAGCAAUGUUUUGUUACAAAGAAGCUCAUUGCACUAUUGAAGUGGGACAAUUUGUAUGUAAUAUAUAUACGUGUAUAUAUAUAUAUGAUUUUUCUGGGGGAAGAACUUUAUGGAAGGAGUAGGUUUGCCAGCUGUUUACAGUUUAUCCAGUGCCUAAUCGAUACCUUUGGAGCGGUACCAUCUUGUACUUUAAAUGUGUGCUCAUAGAAAAUGUAGUUUCAUACAUUGCCAAAGAAAUGCUGCUCUUUUGUAGAGUUAAAAGACAAACGUUUGACAUAUGGUAUAAAUUGCCAGAGGAAAAAAAAACACAUGACGAUUCCACAACUUCCACAGUAUGAAAGGAAAUAUUGCAUUAUUAUAAUAUGAGCUUAGAGGUUGCCCCGGAAAACUAUUUUAA